AUGAAAGAAGAAGAUUUCCUAAGCUCCAUCGAGGACUUGACGGGACGAGUCGCUAUUGUUACUGGAGGUGCAAAAGGUAUCGGUCUAGAGACAAGCGUCUAUCUGGCUCUUAAAGGUGCCACCGUCUACAUAGCCGCUCGCGACAGCGAGGGGACACACACCGGUAUAGAGGAUGUGCGCAAACGAGUGAAAGAAAGAAGCGCAAACGAAAAUAGUUCCGAUGCAGAGUCAAGAAUCAAAUAUCACAAUCUCGACCUUGGAUCAAUGGAAACAGCAUGGAAAUCAGCACGGGAAUUUGCGCGGAUUGAGAAGCGGUUGGAUAUUUUAGUUUGCAAUGCGGGUGUCUCAAUGACGACGAUGCAGGAAUUGUCGCCGGAUGGGUUUGAUACGAUGUUCACCGUGAAUCAUUUGGCCCAUUUCGCGUUUACGGCUGGACUAAAGAAAGGAAGGAAGUUGACUGACGUUAUAGACCUGAUCAAACAAACCUCAGAAACAACCCAAGACAUUCGCAUCGUCUACACAAACUCCAACGCCUACAAACUAGCCAGUAAAUUAGACUACGAGAAACUCACAACAACCAUACCCAAUGACGGACAAACACUCAAAGACGUCUCGACCGCAUUCAAGCGGUACGGCGACUCCAAACUCGCUGCUGUAUACGGCGUUCUCGAAUUCUCCCAUCGGCUACGCAACAAACUCGGCCUUACGAAUAUCUUUGUCAACAACUGCCACCCCGGAAACGCCAUUGGCACAACCCUGGGCCAAGGACAUCAAAAGGGGGUCAAUCAAACACUCGAAAAGGUUGUGCGGGGCGCGUUGCAGGUCACGAUUGGUAAUUCGACGGCGGAUUCGGCGAAGACGCAGGUCUAUCUCGCUGGAAGUCGAUAUGUCAAGGAGCACGACGCGGAUGGAGAGUUUUGGGUCCCGAGUUUUUCGUUGAUUGCAAAGGCGUAUAAGGGGUGUGCAAGGGAAGAGUAUACGGCAUUGGCGAAGGACGAGGACGAAAGAAAGAAGUUGUGGGACGUUACGAUAGAGGCGUUUAGGAAGGCGAUUGGGAACGAGGAGAUUGAUUCUGUCGAUAUUGUGAAGAGUCUUGUUCAGUAA